AUGAAGGGUGGCGACGUCAAGGCCUCCGCACGGCCUGGGCCGCCUGACGACUGGGCGUUGGGGCAGGGGCAGGCAGACGAUGUCGAGAUAUUCAACAAACCACCGCCGACGGGCGACCAUGGACCGCCACCAGCAGACCAACUCACCCUCAGCAAGAUCAUCUACUUCUUCCGUCAAAGAGGAAACAAGAACUCCUUGAGCAGUGAGCCAUCACCAUUUACGUGGUGGGUACUCGCGUACGACUACGUCGGGGUCGGCCAUGGUAACGAGCGGGUGUCCGAUUCCAUCACCGGGCAUCCGACGUUGUCACUGCGGGGACGGGGCCGUCCUAAGGUUUACCCUGUACACGCCAUCAGACGCCAGGUACAAACGUACCACCAAUGCCCGCAAGGCCAAGAUGGAGCAGAGGGGUCUCGGCUUCGCGGGAAAACGCAGGGGGCGGGCAGAGACCGUGUCUGGCGGCACAAGUUCCGGCUCGCAUUACCGGGGUCCAGCAACGGCUACGACAAGUACCUCUUGAAUGAGGGGGCGGGCAGAGACCGUGUCUGGCGGCACAAGUUCCGGCUCGCAUUACCGGGGUCCAGCAACGGCUACGACAAGUACCUCUUGAAUGAGGUACAUCACAGCAUCAACCAAGACACAUUUGUCUGAACGAUCGUGGAGUUCUUCGAGGAAUACCAGCGAAGUUUUUCGAGGGCAGCGAUUCGGCACGGUCAACAACAAAUGCUGGUGUAGAGGCCUAACGAUGGCCGGCCUUCGGCUUAUAAGUGUAUAGGUGUGCGUCUGGAUGUGGUGUUCACAGGUAGCUGCAAUGCCGGAGAUAAUGGGGUGGGGAGGCAGGGCGAAACCCUCACGCGUCGAUGCCAACUGUGUUGAGGGUCUCGUAUAAGAGUGAAGGUGCAAACCACGGCUUUAUGUAGAUUUGUCCCCCACUUGNGCAUUGCGAACAACGGCACCGCAGUCAGAUUCGCAGUAUCAAUAACAAUACUGCCCCAACGCCCACGUGUCUCUUGGCGCCACACAGACCAGCGAAGUUUUUCGAGGGCAGCGAUUCGGCACGGUCAACAACAAAUGCUGGUGUAGAGGCCUAACGAUGGCCGGCCUUCGGCUUAUAAGUGUAUAGGUGUGCGUCUGGAUGUGGUGUUCACAGGUGCAUGAUUCAACUACGAUUGUUCAUCGUACUGUACCGGCAAAAAUACAAGUAGCCUACAUCACCAAUUGUUGUGGGUAUGGUAGGUAGGGGAGCUUCGUUUUAUGUUGACGAAGCUAAUCAGCUUUAUUUCCAACAUGAUGUAUCCCUAGCCCAUCGAUACGACUCCGGGAUAACUUUCGCGACGAAUUGGUGGUGUACCUCGUGGUAUUAGCGGACACACACUGCUGUGUGUUUCUACAUAUUGCAAAUAACGACGGGAAAAAUAGCUUUGGGAGAAACAAAAAUAGCUACGUGACUUUUUUAAAACUACAUACAGUAGGUGUUCCGGCCUAGUGCC